GCAUAUCGUGUUGCCUGUUAACUCUAGCUCUUACUGUUACUUCUCGCUAUGAACGGGCGAGGGAGAGAAAGGUCUUGAGUGAAGUGUUUACUUGAUUCUAAUUUGGUUUUAAGAGAUAUAUGGUAAGAAGUUUGAGAUUUCCUGAACCAAAAUUUUCGUGCUGACUUUUUUAUCACAUGAUCGCUCCCGCUCCCGACCCAUUGUAUAUAAUGUUCAACCGUGUUCAAGGAUGGCGGCAGGCUGGGUCGUGCAGGAUUCUGUGGGUGGCGAUGGCCAUCCUCGUCUCGGGCGUCGGGCGUAGUAGCCAACAGGACUAUAUCGACAGGGUCUUUGGCAGCUUCCAAGACGUCCCCCUGGUCCUCCGAGCGCUCACUGGAUCCCUGCUCGGGCCUCCUGCCUCUCCGUCCUCCACAGCCCAGGCCAGGAGAGACCACUCAGCCGCUCCUGCGAGUAAGGCCCCAGACAGCGCCUCCGAGAUUCCCGCGAAGUACUGCGUGCAGGAGCUCGGAUGCCUGCUGACGGGGCCCGCGUUCCGCCACCGCAAGCGCCGCCCGAUCAACCUACCGCCGGAUCCCCGUCACUUCAUCAACGUGGCUUUCAACGUCUUCACGAGGGAGAACAUCAAGGGCGUCAGGAUCCCGGCGAAGGAAAUGCCUCUUAUCCUGAAGAGUUCUUUCGAUCCGUUGAAAAGGACUAAAAUCAUUGUUCAUGGCUAUUUAAAUGGCCGAGAUAUGCCUUAUCUACUGGAAUUAGCCUCCGCUUUCUUGUACACGGAAGAUGUGAACGUGAUUUACGUGGACUGGUCAGAGGGUGCCAUACGCCUGUACAACAGAGCGGUCGCAAAUGCUCGUGUCGUUGGCUUAGAGAUAGCGCACUUGGUCACCUGGCUUGGCAAGAACGCCGGUCUCCAAGCCAAGGACGUUCACCUGAUCGGUCACUCUCUCGGUGCACAUGUGUGUGGUUAUGCGGGGGAGAGAGUGCCAGGCUUAGGAAGGAUCACCGGCCUGGACCCCGCUAAGCCGCUGUUCGAACAGAUGCCGCCCGAGGUUCGCCUAGACCCCUCCGACGCCCUCCUGGUCGACGCCAUCCACACCGACGCCCACCCGGUCUUCUUCCUGGGCCAAGGCUACGGCAUCACCCAUCCCGUCGGCCACCUCGACUUCUACCCGAAUGGCGGCGAGUACCAGCCGGGAUGCACGCCCGCUCUCGUCGCCCCCGUCAAGUGGCUGCUCUCCGGGGGCCGCCCCUCCACAGCCAGUGACGCGGUGACCGACGCCCUGGGAUGCAACCACGUCUUUGCGGUGAAGAUCUUUACCAACUCCAUCAUUUCCACGUGCCCUUACACUGCUUUCCGCUGCUCUUCGUAUAGGGACUACGAGGAGGGAAGGUGCUUUAGCUGUGGCCCCGAUGGCACUGGCUGCGCGUCCCUUGGAGUUCACUCGGACAAGUGGCGAGGAGGAGGACAAACAGGCGUCGCUCUCUAUCUGAAAACUCUCCCUGAACCCCAUCUAUGCCUUUUCCACCAUCUGCUGCGUGUGGAGUUCGGCCGGAGUGAGGACGCGACGCGCUCCCUCCACGGCCGCCUCAACGCCACGCUCGCCGCUCAGGGGGGGCGGACUGUGACCUUUGACCUAACAUCAAGGCAGGUCAACUUAUCUUUAUUCUUUGAUUUGUGGUUAUGAAUAAUGGAGUAUAGUUACACGUUUU